AGAAGAAUUAUUUUUAUAUAAAGUUUUCGAGCAUAAGAAAUGGGGGCUACACAUACAUACAUAUUGACAUUGUAAAAGCAAUAAGAGACAAAAAAUACUGGUAUGAUUGACGUUGUUCAAUUAUCGUGAAAAUUUUGUAAAUAGCGUGCAUAUCAUGGCUGACAAUGGUCCUCAGCCCAGGAUCAAAUACAAAAAAGUUCAGAAAAGAUACAAUGGCGCCGAUCAGUUUCGCGAUGACCACUUUAAAAAUUACGAUAUCCACAACGAGCGUGACGGCGAUGCAGUGAGAAGAGUCCGUCGACAUAACAAAACUUUCCCUAAACUCAUUGAUGAAUUGAAGAAAAGAAAAUCAAUUACUACAAUAACAACAAUCAGCUUGAAAGACGUAUGCAGCGAUUUUCAUUCAAAUUGCAGCGCCUGCGCAAAACUUGUUGCUUUGAGGGAAUUGCAAAGACUGAAUAUGAAACGUCGAUGCCCUUCAAGGAAACUAGUACAGCUAGACAAAGAGGGCGACGCUGCAAAUUCUCCAGUCAACAAAAGCAAAAACUCUAUUGAAAAGCCGUCUUUACACAGACGAAAACUGUCGGGAAUUAAAAAGAUAAGUGGACGAUCAAAGUUACUGCUAAACGUAAAAAGAAUAUCCAAUAGAAGUUGUCAAUGCGUCAUCGAGCACAAACACAACGAAACUAGUACCACAUUAAGGGCUACAAAAAGCUCGCAAAGGAAAACAGUUGAGGACGUCGCAUUCGAAGAAACGGACCCGGAGCGACAUGGUGAAGAACAAUCCGUUACAAACACUAGUAUACAGCAAAUUGCUAAAGUGAAUUCGAAACAAAAUUUGAAGUCUCGAAAUCCCUCAAAUAGCACUUACAAUAGUUAUUUAUCAAUCGAUCACGAGCCUAUGGAUUACAACUAAUUACGAAAUUUCAAUAACAAAUGGCACUUUUGAAUCGACAAUGGAGAAACUUUUUUUUAUUUAAAAGUAUUUUAAUAGUUUUUUUGUAAUUUUGUUCAAGUGGGUUUCCGUUUUUAUUUUUUAUAUCGCUACUUUUUGUGCUUUAAUUUGAUAAUGUAUGUUGAUUUUAAAUAAAGGCACUACGUUA